CUAUAUUGAGUGCAACAUCAAAUAAUCUUAUCUUGAAUUUCUUUCACCCACGUUACAGAUCUAGGCUGCAUUAUAAAUGCGUUUCCUACAUGUUAUUUUACAGCUAGAUUAAACAAGUCUCUUGUGCUGGAACCAAACUCUUUGCAGGCCUCUGCUGUCACAAGGCACAGAUCCCAAAAUGAAGUAUUUUUAGAUAUACAAAUAAUUGCAUUAUUUAAAGAAUGGAAAAGUAAUUUGGGGGGUUUGAAAUUUAAUCUAAAUUCUUCAAAAGACAUUCAAAGAGCCUUCAUCUUUAUAAAUCAAGUAUUGAUUUAGUUUCAAAUCACUCUAAUGCAAGCCCUAAUGUCACUAGGUUUUGAAGUGAUUAAUAAUUCAAUAUUUUAUGGAUCUCAGUUAUGUAAAGGUUUCCAUCUGCACGAAUGUGUGUGUGUUUCUGUAGAUUUUUGCUUCUCCGCUUUUCUUACAACCAUUUUUAAUGUCAUUGAAAGAAGUCUCUUAUGCUCACCAAGGCUGCAUUUAUUUGAUCAAAAAUACAGUAAAAACACAUUUUGUGAAAAAUAUUACAGUAAUAACAUGCCCCGCUUUUUAACUCCUCUUAGCAAACAAAUACCUCUAACUACGUCAUUCCCAAUUUGCAAUGUUCUUUCCAGACAUUCUGGAAUCUACUAUAGUAGACGAAUGUAAGAGGAGCCUCACAUUACCGAAGCCUGUGCAGAUGGUGACGAUCUGGUCUGUUCAGUGACUCCACGUCCUGGGACUCAGUCUGAUGUGGUUUACUGAUAUGGUAUGGCCCCAUAUGCAGGUGCUCCUCUAUGCUCAGGUCUGAUCUUGGAGAUACCAGCUUUCAGGAAUGAGUCAGGGAUGAUUUUUAAUCUGCUUUUCUGUCUAAGAGCAAUUUCUAAGUUUUAAAACACUUCAAGGGCAUCGUCUGAAGAGUCUUCACUACUUCGGUACUAACAACACUGCCCACAGUUCAGCAGUAUUGAUGGUGAAAUCUUGUGACCUUGGCCCAGUUUGUUUAUUUGGAUAGGUGAUGACUGGACCUUCUCUCCUGACCACUCUGGGUUUUCCAGAAGGCCUUUAGAGAGUUAUACUCUGAAAGGGCUAUUUGCGGUUGUCAGCUUUAAUGCUGCUAGCAGUCCAGGAGAGAUAGAACAGCCUGCAUUCCUGAAGCCCACAUGAAUUUUAUUUAUUUUUUGCUUGGUAUAACCCAAACAUACCUGUGGCUGAUGUUGAGGGUCUUCACAUGCAAGCAAAGUCUAGUGGGUUCAGGUUUGUUAGUUUGUUAAAUCAAUCAGUUCAGAGGCUGUUCAACUUAUUUUACAUCUGAAUAGUAGUGACUUCUAAGGAUGUGUUGUUUAUAAUAGAAUCAUUUCUGUUGAUGAACAGAAAAGUCUUAGAUUGCUUUACAAAAUGGAUUUAAAACCAUUUUUUCUAUAUCCAAUUUAUUUAUGUUUAUUUUUAUUUAUUUAUUUUUUUUGCAUUAGCAAGCGAAAGUUUGUAAUCUUUGACUAUAGUUGGCUGUUGUUAAGCAUGAUGCACAGCAAAGUGUUAAUUGCUUUAGAAAAUGGUUUUAAAACAGGUUUUCUUUUCAGUGCUUCUAUGUAAAAGUUGAGGGGAUGAACUGUCCCUUUAAGUUCCAUUCUUCCGCGGGAAAAUAUAGUCCCUGUUGACGGUAUGGGUGCCGCCAGGUGAACAGGUGUUUCGCGUCAUAUUCGUUUUUACACUCUAAAAAUGUUUUCUAUGGUAGCCUAACCUUGAAAUGUGAUUUAAUGUGAUUUUUUUUUAUUCAAGUCAACCAUGAGGUUAGAUCUACUCGGGUGAGAUUUAUCUCCUUAAGGAAAUAGCCGCGCAGUUUCGCUUUUAACUGUUUAUCGCUGCUGUACGUUAGCCAGUCCACAUCCAAAACGAAACUAGCUGUUUUAUAAUUAUCACUCUCUCUAAACCCUUUGUAAAAUGCACGUCUCCUUAAAAACGCCCUGACAGGGAAAAGCACUGAAAAAUAGACGGGGGACGUCGGUUAAUAACUGUCCCCCUCGCGAUGAGCGAGCAUUACACCUGUGCCGGUUUGCGCGCGAGCAAAGUCUGCGCGUCAGGAGGAAAAAAACAGAAAAGUUCCACGAGCGCAACGGUGACGCGCACCGAGAGUUGCGGAGCGUGCGAGUCCUGAAGGGCAAAAAAAGAAACGACCUUAACCAUAUCAAGGUGCAUUUCUCUAAUUCGUAUUUCAUAUAGGCGCACGUGCAUUGCAUUGCGCAUGUUGACAAUGUAGAUUAUGUAUAUGUAGAACAUUUUAAUUGUAUGAUCUUCUGUCUGACAAGCAAAGCGUCAUCAUGUGUUUUGGUGGGCAUGAUUUCACUGGUGACCUACAGAAGCACAGGAUGCGCCGCACAAAGCGGGUCUGAAAUGCCGGAUGGGAGACGCAGAGACCUUCAAGAGGCUCUUAACAUCGAUUCUUGAGGAUAUAUUUAUUUGUCACCGGAUAUAUUUAUCUGGACCAUCAGGACGCACUCUAGUGCCACCGGGAAUUUUGCUGCGAGGGAGCCGGUAUUAAUGAAAUGCAUGGAAAACUCUCCUGUAAAAGAACAUAUUGGGAUCUAUUGUAGCUAUAGAGCUAGUUAUUUUUAAUAAAUACACGCCACGACCAUAAGAAUUUCAGAAGCCUGUUUUUAUACUCAAGGAGUCCAUGUUGUGUCUAUUUCUUCAUUUACCUAAACUUAAGAUAUUUAAUUUGUGUCAUUUCAUUUCCUCAUUAAAUCAUGAAAGGGAUGACAAUUGCCUUGUUUUUUGAGAAUCUACUGAGUAAAUUAUCACUGUUUGGAUCAAAGAUGUUGGAUUCGGAUGUGAAAGUGGAAUAAUCAUUCAUAGAGAAUUAUCAACUUUAAGGACUGGACGUUGGACCUGCUAUACCUAUAUCAUUUAGACAACUAUUUCUGACUUUUCUUGGUGAACUCAAACAAUGGGGACCAAGCUGCGAGUUAUUCUGGGAAUGUUUCAGUUCGUCUCAUUGACCAGGAUACCACCAACACAAUGUGCCAAAACACCGUCAGACCAUUGGGUGCCAACAGAAAGCCACAGAGCUGGAGAAGUGGUGAGGUGGUUAGAUGUGUAUCAAAGAAGCGGCUGUCAUCCCAGGGAGACGCUGGUGGAAGUUUGGCGGGAGUUUCCGUGGGAGACACAUCAUCUGUUCCUGCCGUCGUGUGUAACGCUGCGCCGCUGUGGAGGCUGCUGCUCCGAUGAAGCGCUGGAGUGUGUGCCGUCUCAAACACACACACUUGUCAUGGAGCUCAUGAGGACCUCAUACAUGAAGCAUGAACUUGUGCAGCUGCCUUUUAUUGAACAUAACCAGUGUGAGUGCAGGCUAAAAGCAAAUCUUUAUGCAGCAGAGCCAACCAGGCAAGGACCACAGAAAACAAGAAAAGGCAGGAAGCGACAAAGGGGUAAACAGAAACGAAAGAAACACAUAGGAAAAAAGCUGACUCUAGUGCCAACUUCACCCCCUCCCCCUCCCCCUCCCACUCUACCACCUAGCUCCGCCCCUCCUUCACCUGUCAGAGAGGCGUGUCCACCAUGCCCCACCCACAGGAUGACAUCACAGCCUCCUUCUUGUGAAUGCAGGUGCAGUUUAAGGGAGAUGAGCUGUACAAAGAGAGGGAAGACACUUAACCAGCACAGCUGCCGAUGUGAAACCCAAAGCGAAUAGUGAAAUCAAACCACCCGUAUAAUCCACUGAUCAAACUUUGCACAGCUUUGAGGAGGUCAAAGGUUUGCUUAUUCUUUUGUCGUGGACUCUGAAGUUUGGGUCUUAUCCAGAAAGAGGGUUUGCAUUCAGGAACAAACCACAAGCCCACCCUCUGGCCCAUCUAGCUAUGUCCCCCACACCAUUACGGCAGUAUUAGAUCCAUAUUCAUGCCUUCUGCACUGUUUAUCCAUGUCUGUGCCGUGUGUGCGGAAUAUCAUCAGAUAUUCAGAAACUUUUUGCCACUAUGAUCCAAACUUCAGAGCACCUUUAACCAUUUGACACUGUAUUGUGGACAUUGAGUGUGUCAAGCGUAUCGCUGGAAUAUUUAAUGCUCUAAAAGUACCAUAGAGGUCUCAUUGAGCUUUAUCCAAAACCAUUUUUGGGAUUCUGUUCAGCUUCAAUGGAUCCUCCUAGGCACGGACUCUCAGCUAGUGUGAGGCUACGGAUGACGAGUGCGCUGAGAACUUUCAAGGGGAAAACUAAAUAAGGAAGGAGUCUUUUUUCUACUAAACUACUUAAAGUGGAGAAUUUUUGAUGGGAUGGAUGUUAACAGACCAUCAGAGUUGAGAGAGCUCAAGUGUUUCGCCACACAAACAGAGUAUCUCAUCCUGAGAACAUCCACAACAUCUCCUGUGACCCUCCGCAUGUGAUAAAUGGAUGGAUGGGUCAAUUAGACGGAUCGACGGGUGUCUGUGUGCUCUGAAUUGUGCAUUAUAAGGAUCCGUGCGUCUAUCCUAAUUUAUUCCUGACCUGUAUGAGUCCUUGUAAUGUGGUUUCAGACAAUAUCAAUGAGUCCUUUUGUGUUUGUUUGAUUUGUUUUGUUCAGUUCCUUCCUUCUUGGAUUUGAAAGCUUUUCCCACUGGUUAGCCAGUGAGAGGAAUGGCAAUCGUAUAGAAACCUGGCUAUAUUCCACUGGUGCUCACCAAACACAAGUCUUCUCUCUCCCACACCCCCCGAUCACACUCAUUUUUCAUCUCUUUCUUUAUCCCUUUUCACUUUUUCGUCUGUUGUUCUUUCUCCCUAACACACACACACAGUCAUGCGUACACAUACUAAUGCAGGCAGGUAAAUAUAAGCUUUUCUGUGUUGAUACUGAAAGAAGAGUUUAUCUUAUUCAUUCUGUAAAGAUUAUUAAUGUUAUUGUAGUAUAUUUUGUUUUAAAGGAUGUUUUGUUUCGUGUAUCUCUGUUAAUCCAACCUAUAGAGUCGGGCUGGUUGGCCGAGCGUGUGUUGAAUUUGACUGAAGAAGCUCUGAGAAACUCUUCAGGAAAAGGGAAAUGCCCAAUUCUGUGUGUGUUAAGUCAAGUCUUAAUCAUCUCAUGGCGUUGGGACUAUGAUGUAUUUAUUUUUUAUAUUGAGAUGCAUUUCUUUUGGGACAUUUAAUCUGCUGCUGCUGAUGGUUUCGAGAAUAUUCAGUAUUUUUGGCUGAUUUCUACGGAGUCAUACAGAUCAGAAAAUUUAGCUCUCAGUCAAUGUUGAGGAUUGUUCAUUUCCAUCGAUGUCAGAGGCUGCGAACAUGAAAGAAUCACUCAUUGUUUUUUAAUGGUGGUCAUUUAACUAAACACUUCUUUCCACCAUAUAUGUAGCAUUAUUGAAUGAAAUAUGAUUUUCAAGAGCAAGGCUGACCUCACUUUAAGUGAUUUCUCAGAUUAUUUGUUUAGUCAUUAUCUGCAACAAUGUAAAUUAUAAGGAUCCCUCAGCACCCUUUCACGCCUGAUGUAAGAUAUCCAAGUGUUAUCAGCAUUCACAAGCUUCUGAUCUUUGUUGAAGUCAACAUGAAAUGUCAUUUGCAACCCAGAAAGAAAGACUGAAAUAUUAUUUUCUUUAGAAUGACAAGCAUGUAGAGUAUUGUCAUUCUGUGUGAACCGGUCAAAAUGCUGUCCUGUUUCCUCGUCUGUGAUGACCAGCUUUACUUCAGAUCUAUUGCCGCUUUUAAAUAUCCUGUGCUAUAAACGUAGCCUUUUCUCUCUCAUCAGUGACAUGCAUCAACUACCUCUGUGUCUGUAAAGUUAAAGUAACUAUCUUCGUUCCAAGAAUUUGUGCAUAGAACCGUAUUUGUCUGUAUGUAUCCAGGUAGAUCAAGACCCAACAGAAACCAGUCUACCACAGUCUAUACACGAUAUAAGCUUUGAGUGUCUGUUUGAACGUAAUUGUAAUGGUUAUUGCUGCUAUACCAUCUGUGCCCGAUUCUCCUGUGUGUGGAUGUGUGUAUAAUAUUUGUUACAGAGAGACAUAACCUGCUUUGCUCUGCUCUGUCUACAGUGUGUGUAAGUGUAUAAAUUCAAACGUAGGUCUGAUCACACAUACAGUAUAUAAAAAACACUACAGCCAUAAAGCAAUGUGCUAUAUAUUCAUAUAAAUAAAGUGAGAUGUCUUAUUUUUGAGA